AUGUCCUUCUCUGGAAAAUACGACAUCGUCAUCAUCGGCGCGGGCGUUGCUGGAAUUAAUUCCGCAUAUCGAAUACAGACACAGCUGCCCGACCAUAAGUAUGUUAUUCUCGAAGCCCGCGAUGCUGCCGGUGGGACCUGGGACUUGAUGCGCUACCCUGGGGCCCGUCUUGACUCGGAUAUAUACACAUUCGGAUUCACAUGGCACCCCUACCAUGGCGAGAAGAUCAUGCUAGAUGGAGAGUCCUUUCUCAAGUACAUCAACGAUGCUGCCACGAAGCACGGAAUUGAAGACCACAUUCUUUUUAGUCAUCGAGUCACGACAGCAGCCUGGUCAUCCCAAGAUUAUGCCUGGAACCUGACGGCUACGGUCGAUGAUGAAAAGCACUACUUCGGCGCAAGAUACUUGAUCUUCGCGACGGGGUAUUUCGACCACGACGAGGCACUGCCCACCCAAAUCCCGCGUCUCGACCACUUUCUAGAAACAGUGAUCCAUCCGCAAUUUUGGCCCAAAGAUCUGGAUUGCUCAGGCAAAAGGAUUGCUGUCAUCGGCAGCGGGGCGACGGCUAUAUCCCUUGUUCCCAAGCUUGCAGAGACCGCGUCCGCCGUCACAGUCAUCCAGAGAAGCCCGAACUAUAUCACGCCCGUGGAGCUGGCGGAGGCCGAAUCGUGGUUAACCAAACUCUUACCAGCUCCAGUGGCAUACAAGCUCAGACGCUUGCGGUGGCUCCUCAUCACCUUGAUCGGGUACUAUGCAUCUCGCCGAUGGCCCCAGCAUGCGAGGAAUUACCUGCUGAAGCAGGUCGAAAAAGAGCUCCCAGCUCAUGUUCCUCUCGAGCCACACUUCAACCCCACGUACAAGGUCUGGGACCAACGGCUCCUAGCAUGUCCCAAUGGCGAUUACUUUCGCAGCGUCCGUAGCGGGAAGGUUGGCAUCGAGACAGCGAACAUCCAACAUUGUACUGCAGACGGUCUUAUCCUGGACAAUGGGAAAGCCGUCGAUGCAGACAUUAUUGUCACAGCAACGGGGCUGAAACUCCGGAUCGGAGGUGGGAUCCAGGUGGACCUCGACGGCCAGAUAUGCGACUUGUCUGACAAAUUCAUGUGGCACGGGAUAAUGCUCGAUGGUGUCCCGAAUGCGUUCUUCGCUCUCGGAUAUCUCACGAGCGCGUCCUGGACGAUGGGUUCGGAUGUGACGGCUGUGCUCGCCUGCCGAAUGAUCAGGCACAUGAAGAGGACGAACAGCGUGGCUGUCACGCCUCGUCUACAUGAAUCGUCAGAUCUUUCUGUGCGUCCACUUUGGGACCUGAAUUCGACAUACAUUGUUGCUGGUAAAAGGAGCAUACCUAAGGCAGGAUCCGCCGGGCCGUGGAGACCUCGCUCAAACUAUUUACGGGACUACUUUCAUGCUAAGUAUGGCUCUUUCACAGAGGGCUUGGAGUAUAUGGACGCCGAUUGA